GCUACCCACAAAUACAAAGGAGAGAUACAACCUCCAUAUCAAAAACAAAAGACUACCCACAACACACACACACACACACAAACACAGUAAUUAGAAUAAUCAGAGAGCUAGAAAGAAAAGGGAUCGAGUAUAUGCAAUGGGGAGGGGUAAGAAGCUAGUGGUGUUCUGCAUAAUAGCGGCAGCGUUGGUGGCGUCCACAAUGGGUACGAUGGAGGAGGAUGAGAAGGAUUGUGCGGACCAGCUGACGAACCUUGCAGCUUGCAUUCCGUAUGUGAGUGGCAGUGCCAAGAAGCCGACGCCUGAGUGCUGCGAGGACACACAGAAAGUGAAGAGUGCAAAGCCCAAGUGUCUUUGUGUUCUCAUCAAAGAGAGCACUGACCCCUCCAUGGGCCUCCCUGUCAAUACCACUUUGGCACUUCAAAUGCCCUCUGCUUGCAACAUCGAUGCCAAAGUCUCCGAUUGCCCCACAUUACUGAAUCUCCCACCGGAUUCACCAGACGCGAAGAUCUUUAAAGAAGCGGAUGGAGGUACUUCAACCACCAGCUCAGCGACAAAUUCACCACCAUCUUCCACAUCGGGGACUUCACCGUCGUCAUCUUCUUCCUCGGGGACCGGUUCAAGUAAGGAUUCGAAGGCCACUCCAACCAGUAAUGAGGGAGAAAAGCUGAAUGGGCACUGCAUGUUGGUGAUGCUAAUGAGCUUGGCUUCAAUUGCAUGGAUGUUCAAUAUCUGAGCUAGUUGCCAAUCAGUCCUCAACUUGUGACCCAUGGAGGGAGAGAACGUUGUAGAACUUUAGUAGUAGUAGUAGUAGUGGUAGUUAAUCAGCUUGGUUUUUGCCAGCUUGUUCUCUCUUCAACUUUCUUAAUAACGAAAAUAAGAUCAAUAUUAUGAUCACCGAAUGAGAAGGUUUAAUGGGAAAGAUACAAUGAGGCUAUCAAUUUUAUGAUUGAAUGAGAA